ACUAGGAGGAGCCAGCACUAGGGUAGGCGGUAGGCGGUAGCCUCACCAAGGGCGGUGACGGGAAAACCUAGCAGUAUAACCCCUGCUCGCAGUCGUCCACACUCCCGCUGCUUCACGCAGUCGGCGCCUCCACUCUGCUCCCUCGCUCGCCGUCUUCUUCCAUCCAGGCCCCUCAGCUUUCCCUGUUUCCCAUAUAUUCUCGCGCGGCUCCACGCUCUCGCUCUCCACACUCCACACCGCAGACGCCUGGGGGGCGCUCCUACUCCUCCUCUAGGGAAGGAGGGGCUCGAGGUUCCACCAAUUCGCCGACAGGUCCCUUGCGUGCCAUCCCCGCCGCGCGCGCAGCUCCAGAGGCCUCCAUCCCAUCCAUGGACGCCAAGAGGCAGGGCUUCUUCUCCGCGCUGCGGGAGGAGGUGGCGCGCGGGCUGUCGCCGGGGCGCGCGCGGCGGCGGUCGGCGUCCAACGCCGCGGAGGUGGCGGCGGCGCUGCGCCGCCUCGGGGGCGGCGGCGAGGCGCUCGCGCCGCUCAUGGAGGGCCCGGAUCCGGAGGCGGGCCCCGGCGCGACCUGCGGCGGCUCCGCGAGGAAGGAAGGCGGGUGGGGGCGGUGGGUGCGCGGCCAGCUCCAGCUCACGCGCGCGCCGGCGCUGGAGGCCGGGGCCGGAGCUGGCUCCGGCGCCGCCGCCGCCGCCGCCGCCGCCGGCAGGCGCAACGACCUCAGGCUGCUGCUCGGCGUCAUGGGCGCGCCGCUCGCGCCCGUGCACGUCUGCGCCGCUGAGCCGCUGCCGCACCUCAGCAUCAAGGACACCCCCAUUGAGACGUCGUCGGCGCAGUACAUACUGCAGCAGUACCUGGCGGCGUCGGGCGGGCAGAGGCUGCUGUCCUCCAUCCGCAACUCGUACGCCAUGGGCAAGGUGCGGAUGGUGGCGACCGAGUUCGAGGCGGGCGGCCGCGUCGUCCGGAACCGCAUGGCGGCGCAGCGCGCCGAGCCCGGGCGCUUCGUGCUGUGGCAGAUGGCGCCCGAGAUGUGGUAUAUGGAGCUGGCCGUGGGCGGGAGCAAGGUGCACGCCGGCUGCAACGGCAAGCUCGUCUGGCGCCACACCCCCUGGCUCGGCGCGCACUCCGCCAAGGGCCCCGUGCGCCCGCUCCGCCGCGCUCUGCAGGGCCUGGACCCGCUGACGGCGGCGAGCAUGUUCGCCGGCGCGCGGUGCAUCGGCGAGAGGAAGGUUAACGGGGAGGACUGCUUCAUCCUGAAGCUGAGCGCGGACCCGGAGACUCUUCGGGCGCGCAGCGAGGGGCUGGCGGAGAUCAUCCGGCACGUGCUGUUCGGCUACUUCAGCCACAAGUCCGGACUCCUCGUGCACCUGGAGGACUCGCACCUGACCCGGAUCCAGUCCGCCACCGGCGGCGACGCGGUGUACUGGGAGACGACCAUCAGCUCGUCCGUCGAGGACUACCGCGCCGUGGACGGCGUGGUGGUGGCGCACGCCGGGCGGUCCGCCGUGACCCUGUUCCGGUUCGGCGAGGCGGCCGUGGGGCUGGGCCACACCAAGACCCGCAUGGAGGAGGCGUGGACCAUCGAGGAGGUGGCGUUCGACGUCCCCGGCCUCUCCGCCGACUGCUUCAUCCCGCCCACCGACGUCGGGCCCGGCUCCGUCAGCGAGGCCGCCGAGCUCCCGCGGGGCGAGCGGAGCAAGGCCGCCGCCGGCCUCGUCCUCCCGUGCCACCGCGCUAGGGUCGCCGCGCUCGAGAAGGCCGACGACGGUGGCGUCGCGUGGAGCGGCGCCCUGCAGCUCGGGUGCAAGUGAUUCGUGGUACCCCGUGCUCUCUCGCAGCCGUCUUGCAUUUCCUGACUGACUGGUUUUGGUAGGAGACACAGAGGUAAGGUCAGGAGGAGGACUUGGAGGAGCUUUACCAUUCCAAGUUUCCCUCUGUAAAUAGGAAGCUCACAUCGCCUUCCGUAUCCCUGCCUCGUCUCGUCCGGAGAUCUGGUAGUAGGUAGUCUUUGUCUGUAACGCUGUGUCGGCACCUCGAGGACGAAGAUCCAGGGGAGCGGGGUGUUUGUGUUUCUUCUCCGUCCAGCCAUAUGGUAUGGAUCCUAGUGGGCGGCGGUGCUUCUUCUUCUCUUCUGUCGUAGCCAAAACUAAUCAUCUGAGGCUAGUGAGGAAGAAGGGUUUCCUCGCAGGCAAUUGAGUUCUGUCGUCGUGUACGUGGAGUCUGAUUAGCAGCAGUCCAGUAUGCUUGGUUGGCGAGUCAAACUAACUUUUUUUAGGGGGGAGGGCGCAAAUUAUGUAGUGACCUGCCUGUGGGUGGUCCUGGCCGCGGGGUGGUCCGUCCGGUCAGGCUGUGUACCCUUUUUCCUUCACAUCUCUCUUUAUUUAUUAGUACGAUGAGAUGGUGUGGUUAUGUUCUACACAAGUUUUAUGUAAGCCAAAACUUGUAUGAAAUAUCAUGGUUUGAGUUUGCUUUUU